AAGGUGACAGCUAGAUUAUUUAGGAGAGGCGCAGAGGAGAGAAAUUGGUGUGAGUCGCCAUGGGGGCUCCCAGGGCCCAGCAUCCGCCACCUCCCCAGCUGCUGUUCCUAAUUCUGCUGAGCUGUCCCUGGAUUCAGGGUCUGCCCCUGAAGGAGGAGGAGGCACUGCCGGAGCCUGGAAAUGAGACCCCCACCGUAGCCUCUGAGGCCUUGGCAGAGCUGCUCCAUGGAGCCCUGCUGAGGAGAGGCCCAGAAAUGGGCUACUUGCCGGGAUCUGAUCCAGACCCCACACUAGCCACCCCUCCAGCCGGCCAGACUCUUGCAGCACCCUCCCUGCCACGGGCCACUGAGCCGGGCACAGGGCCUCUGACAACAGCCGUAACCCCUAAGGAGGGCAGGGGGGCAGGCCCCACCGCGCCGGAGCUGCUGACCCCGCCCCCAGGAACUACGGCCCCGCCCCUUCCCGGUCCCGCCUCCCCAGGCCCGCCCCUCGGGUCUGAGGGAGGAGAGGAGGAGACCACGACCACCAUCAUCACCACGACAACUGUCACCACGACGGUGACCAGCCCAGUUCUGUGUAAUAACAACAUCUCCGAAGGUGAAGGGCAUGUGGAGUCUCCAGAUUUAGGGAGCGCGGCCAGCCGAACCUUGGGGCUCCUGGACUGCACGUACAGCAUCCAUGUCUACCCUGGCUACGGCAUUGAGAUCCAGGUGCAGACGCUGAACCUGUCUCGGGAGGAGGAACUCCUGGUGCUGGCUGGUGGGGGGUCCCCAGGACUGGCCCCCCGACUCCUGGCUAAUUCCUCCAUGCUGGGAGAAGGACAGGUCCUUCGGAGUCCAACCAACAGGCUGCUCCUGCACUUCCAGAGCCCACGGGUCCCAAGGGGUGGUGGCUUCAGGAUCCACUAUCAGGCCUACCUCUUGAGCUGCGGCUUCCCUCCCCGGCCAGCCCAUGGGGAUGUGAGUGUGACAGACCUUCACCCUGGAGGCACUGCCACCUUCCACUGUGAUUCGGGCUACCAGCUGCAGGGUGAGGAGACCCUCAUCUGCCUCAAUGGUACCCGGCCAGCCUGGAGCAGUGAACCCCCCAGCUGCAUGGCAUCCUGUGGUGGCACCAUCCACAACGCUACACUUGGCCGCAUCGUGUCCCCUGAGCCUGGGGGAGCUGCAGGGCCCAACCUCACCUGCCGUUGGGUCAUCGAAGCAGCUGAGGGACGCCGGCUGCACCUACACUUUGAGAGAGUCUCCCUGGAUGAGGACAACGACCGGCUGAUGGUGCGCUCAGGGGGCAGUCCCCUAUCCCCGGUGAUCUAUGACUCGGACAUGGAUGAUGUCCCAGAGCGGGGUCUCAUCAGUGAUGCCCAGUCCCUCUAUGUGGAGCUGCUUUCAGAGACACCUGCCAAUCCCCUGCUGCUAAGCCUCCGAUUUGAAGCCUUUGAGGAAGAUCGCUGCUUUGCCCCCUUCCUGGCACAUGGCAAUGUCACCACCACGGACCCUGAAUACCGCCCAGGGGCACUGGCCACCUUCUCGUGCCUCCCAGGAUAUGCCCUGGAGCCCCCUGGCCCCCCCAAUGCCAUCGAAUGUGUGGAUCCCACAGAACCCCACUGGAAUGACACAGAGCCAGCCUGCAAGGCCAUGUGUGGAGGGGAGCUGUCAGAGCCAGCUGGUGUGGUCCUCUCUCCGGAUUGGCCCCAGAGCUAUAGCCCCGGCCAAGACUGCGUGUGGGGUCUGCAUGUCCAGGAAGAGAAGCGCAUCUUGCUUCAAGUUGAGAUCUUGAAUGUGCGAGAAGGGGAUAUGCUGACACUGUUCGAUGGGGACGGUCCCAGUGCCCGAGUCCUGGCCCAGCUGCGAGGGCCUCAACCGCGCCGCCGCCUCCUCUCCUCUGGGCCCGACCUCACGCUGCAGUUCCAGGCACCGCCCGGACCUCCAAACCCGGGCCUGGGCCAGGGUUUCGUGUUGCACUUCAAAGAGGUCCCGAGGAACGACACGUGCCCCGAGCUGCCGCCCCCGGAAUGGGGCUGGAGGACGGCUUCCCACGGGGACCUGAUCCGGGGCACUGUGCUUACUUAUCAGUGCGAGCCUGGCUAUGAGCUGCUUGGGUCGGACAUUCUCACCUGCCAGUGGGACCUGUCCUGGAGCGCAGCGCCGCCCGCCUGCCGAAAGAUCAUGACUUGUGCCGAUCCUGGUGAGAUCACCAACGGGCACCGCACCACCUCAGAUGCUGGCUUUCCUGUUGGCUCCCACGUCCAGUACCGCUGUCUGCCGGGGUACAGCCUGGAGGGGGCGGCCGUGCUCACCUGCUACAGCCGGGACACGGGCACGCCCAAGUGGAGCGACCGGGUCCCCAAGUGCGCCUUGAAGUACGAGCCGUGCCUGAACCCCGGGGUGCCAGAGAACGGCUAUCAGACGUUGUACAAGCAUCACUACCAGGCGGGCGAGUCUCUGCGCUUCUUCUGCUAUGAGGGCUUUGAGCUCAUUGGCGAGGUCACCAUCACCUGUGUGCCCGGCCACCCCUCACAGUGGACCAGCCAGCCCCCACUCUGCAAAGUGGCCUAUGAGGAGCUCCUGGACAACCGAAAACUGGAAGUGAGCCAGACCACUGACCCGUCACGGCAGCUAGAGGGUGGGAACCUCGCCUUGGCCAUUCUGCUGCCCCUAGGCUUGGUCAUCGUCCUCGGCAGUGGCGUUUACAUAUACUACACCAACCCCUCUAUCUCCUUCCUUUCCCAGGCUACAGGGAAAAUCCCUCUUCGGCUUCUCAGGCUCCCAUUCCUACAGCCCCAUCACGGUGGAGUCAGACUUCAGCAAUCCACUGUAUGAAGCUGGGGAUACACGAGAGUAUGAAGUUUCCAUCUGAACACCAAGACUAAGGCUGCAGGACCCAGGACGCCCCUCCUCUCCUCAUUCUGGGCAGGAAGGAGUACAGGACCUGGCCUCUGGCUCCCUUCCUCCCUGCUGUGUAAAUAAUCUCCUGGUCCCACGAGGGGGCUUUGAUGGCCCUGGGGACCCUACAGUAAAUAAACCAGCAUCCUGUGCCCAAAGCCUCCUCUUCUCAGUUGCCAAACAAGGGGCCUGCCCCCCACUCACUCUACCCCCUUUUGGACCCUAGGAGGGGAACUCAGCCCCUGAUGCAACUCCUGGGGCCCCUCCAGCCCAGGGCAUCCCACAAGGACUACCCAAGAGCUCUGCUGUUCCCUUGGUCAUGAAGUCUCUGCCCUUCCCAGAUGCUCUGUCCCCGGGCCUAACCUCUGACCCUUGGAGGGUCAGAAGAAGAGGGAUGAAGGGGAGAGCUGGGACAAGGCCCCUACCCCCUUCCUGCCAUGUCCCCUACCCACAGUCUCCCCACCUUUGCUUCUGGAUUUUUGUUUUUGAGCAAUAAACAGAAAAUCUGCAUUUGUAA